AUGGAUUUUGGGGGUCUCUACGAUUUGGAUCCUAAUCCCAAAUGCUAUGUUCAAGUUGGAUCUGGGUUCAAACAGGAAAGGUCUCUUUCUGCUACUGCUCAUAAUCAAGACGAAUGGAGGGAUUUAAAACUUCCAAAAAUUACUCAACAGGAUAUCUCAAAGGCAAUGCUCAGAUCUAAUACCACCUCUCACUCUGCUUAUUCUGAUUCUCAGAAUAUGCUUAGCUUUUCUUCACCAAAUACUCUCACAUUGCCUUACUAUGCUCCAAACACUGCAGGUAGUGGGAGUUUGAUGGCAGGGGUGAGAGGACCAUUCACAGCAUCACAAUGGAUGGAGUUAGAACACCAAGCAUUGAUCUACAAAUACAUCACUGUCAAUGCACCUGUCCCUUCUAAUCUCCUUAUCCCCAUCAGAAAGGCCCUUGAAACAGCUGCCUUUUCGGGAACCCAUCUAAGAAACACUACUUAUGGAUGGGGUGCUUUCCAUCUGGGCUUCUCCAACAGCUCUGAUCCAGAGCCUGGGAGGUGUCGUAGAACAGAUGGGAAGAAGUGGCGGUGCUCUAGGGACGCGGUUGCAGAUCAAAAAUACUGCGAGCGCCACAUGAACAGAGGCCGACAUCGUUCAAGAAAGCCUGUGGAAGGCCAAACUGGCCAUUCCGUCUCCAACGGACCUACCACCACCGCUGCUGUUGCUGCCGCCAAAGUCUCCGCAUCAGCUGCAGUGGUAACCACUACCUCCACCAUUGUCAGCCACUUGCAUCAACUUAGUAGCAGCAAUAGAAUGCAAAGUUUCUUAAACAAGGGAAAUGAGAAAACUGAAGAUGCAAUAGGCCAUUCAUCCAUUGGCCUAAAACAGAAUCCAUCCGAAUUUGGGCUUGUUUGCUCGGAUUCCUUGCUGAACCCACUGCAAAAAAAUGAGGAUGGGGGUCACAAAUCCCAAAACUCCCUUCGUCAAUUCAUGGAUAAUUGGCCACAAUCCGAUAGAACACAACUCUCCAUCUCAAUUCCAAUACCCCCCUCAGACUUCAUGUCUUCAACUUCAUCCCCUAUCAGCGAAAGACUCAACCUUUCGCCUCUAAGAAUGGGGUUGGGAGUGGGAAAUAAUAGCGAAAGGUCACAAUGGAUCCCAGUUUCUUGGGAAAGUUCAAUGGGUGGGCCGUUAGGCGAAGUGUUAAACAAUAGCCCCUCGGCUCUAAGUCUGAUGACAGAUGGUUGGGAAAGUAGCCAACAGAUGACCUUGUCUCCAACUGGAGUGUUGCAAAAGAGAGCAUUUGGUUCUCUUUCAAAUAGCAGCACAGGAAGCAGCCCAAGAACAGGAUCAACAACACUUAUGACUUCCUCCUUGCCCUUAAUGUAAACUUAAAUCCAAUCUCUUUUUUUAAUUAAAUUUUGUAUGUUUAAUCUGUUUGUUUAUGUUGUAUGCUUGGAAAAA